AUGUUGGAGAGACAAGACAAUCAAGUGAAGAAUGUCGUUACUUUGUGCAUGAAUACCAUCAAAGAAAUGAAGACUGGCCAACUGAUAUUAGACCCUCAGGAAGGACGAUCUUUGAAUGCCUUAAAUAGAACAUGUAAGCUCCCAGAAGAAGUUAAAGCGAGUUCGAAUGAUAGCGAUAGUGAUGAAGAGAUCCAUCACAAUCUUAAUCUUACUAAAUUCAUGGCAAAAAACCAUUAUUAUCAAUCUAAAAGACGAGAUUCGAUGCCCAAUGGACAAAUAAGUCGACUUUUAAAUGACAAGACUAUUUUCAAUAUGAAAGGACCAGUAUCACAACAAAAUGUGAGGAGGAAAGCAAAAUGUUCCGUUUACGCCAUUCAAAUAAAAAGAAGCGAAAGUCCACAAAAAAAUAAAAUAUUUGCCCAGAUGAUGAAUCAGAAGAAUCGUUUAUGUUAA